AUGCCAGAUCUCUGGCUAAAAUAUGCCUGCAACCUUCAUGCUCUCUUCCAUUAUUUCACCAGGGUCUUUGACUUCAACAUCAGUGCCAACUCUUUCCCACUUCACGAUCUCUACGAAACAAAAGAAACCGCCCGACCACGAACACAAAUUGUAUCGCGACUUGUCGGCAGUGUCUAUACUCUGUAUGGCCACGCGGGAAACUCCUGGAAGAAUGACAUCAAUGAACUCAGAAUGCUCAAGCUCGGAACAACAAUGAUGUUCUGGUAUAUUAAUUCCCCAAGUGCAGCCAAGGUUCGCGAAGCAAAGGAGCAUCGAAACAAAAGAAGGAGUCUAGAACAUUAUGACCUUGGCGACGAAAAGAAGAUUGUGCACACGACACUUGGCUAG